AUGCCGGGCAAGCUCCUAGACACGUCCCCAAUGACCCCGUCCAUGCCCAUAGCCAUCGUCGGCCUCGCCCUCCGUGGGCCAGGUGACGCGUCAAACUCGGAACGCUUCUGGCAGAUGUUGACGGCUGGCCAUUCAGCGCGGUGCGAAGUCCCCAAGGACCGAUACAAUGUCGACGGCUUCUACCACCCAAACUCCGACCGACUGGGCAGCAUCCAGCAACGACAUGCUCAUUUUAUGAAGACGGACUUCAAGGCAUUUGACGCGCCGUUCUUUUCUAUCAUACCCAAGGAAGCCAAGGCCAUGGAUCCUACACAUCGCAUGUUGCUGGAAGUUACAUAUGAGGGAUUUGAGAAUGCCGGCUUGACAUUGGACGCGGUGAAGGGUUCUAAGACCUCGUGUUAUAUUGGCACCUUUACCGGAGACUUUGAAGAGUUACAGGUGAGAGACAACGAGGGGCCGAGUAUGUAUCAUGCCACCGGACUAUCAUCGUCGCUGGCGUCCAACCGGCUGUCGUGGUUCUACGACUUGAAAGGACCCAGUAUGACGAUCGAUACCGCCUGCUCUUCCAGUUUGACAGCGUUUCACCUGGCCUGUCAGAGUUUGAGAACCGGGGAGGCGACUAUGAGCGUGGUCGGCGGUGCAAAUCUCAUGUUCGGCCCUGACAUGAGCAUCCUGCUCGGUGCGGCGAAGAUCCUCUCGGCGGAUGGCAAGUCACAAAUGUGGGAUGCUAAAGCAAACGGCUUCUCCCGAGGAGAAGGAAUUGGCGUCACGAUCCUCAAACCUCUGGACGCCGCGCUGAGGGACGGUGAUACGAUCCGGGCGGUGGUGCUCGCAUCCGCUGCCAACCAAGAUGGCCGGACGCCUGGGAUUAGUUUGCCGAAUGCCGACGCCCAAGAGGAGCUGAUCCGGACCGCAUAUGCUCAGGCCGGGGUCGAUCCGGCAGAAACGGGCUAUGUGGAGGCUCACGGAACGGGAACUCAGGCGGGCGAUCCGCUGGAGGCCCGCGCGAUCAUCAACAGCAUUGGAUCUGGGCGCACAUCAGAUCUCUAUGUUGGGUCGGUGAAGACAAACAUCGGCCACCUGGAGGGCGCGGCGGGUGUGGCAGGCGUCAUCAAGGCAGCCCUGGCGGUGGAGCGAGGGUUGAUCCCUCAAAAUCUUUGGUUCGAGACUCUGAAUCCCCAGAUCUCUCUCCCGGACCGGGUGAAGAUCCCCCAGCAGCUGACGGAGUGGCCAUCGGAGGGUCCUCGACGAGCAAGCAUCAAUUCCUUCGGGUUCGGUGGCGCCAAUGCCCAUGUCAUUCUCGAGGAUGCAGCCCAUUACCUCAGCCGACAGGGAUUGAAUGGCAGAUACACGACGAAGCUUCUUCCUCCAGCCUCCAAUGGAACCACUAAUGGGCAGGCCACGGGCCAUAUGACAGAGAAUGUGAAUGGAGGCUUCAGCAAGCAGUCCGAUGGUGACCAUGGGGUGAACCUGGCGGACUCAAAACCCAGCCUCCUCGUCAUUUCGGCCCAAGACCAGGAUGGAGUCCAGCGCUCGGUGAAACAGCUACAAGAAUACCUCGAAGAGAAUCGCGACGAGAAAGAUCCCCGCUUCAUCUCGAACCUCGCCUACACUCUGGCCUCUCACCGGUCGAUAAUGCCUUGGAAGACAUACGCGAUCGCGUCCGAUGCGAUUGCCCUCAACGGCGCACUUGGGGAAGUACCCGCCGCAGUGCGAUCAUCCGACUCCCAGACUCCCAAGGCUGCGUUCAUCUUCACCGGCCAAGGUGCGCAGUGGUUUGCCAUGGGUAAAGACCUGGUUACAUUUGAUGUUUACAAGGACAGCCUGGCCGACGCAGAGCGUAUCUUGCAAUCACUCGGUUGCCAGUGGAGCUUGCGGGAAGAAUUGAACAAGACCAAGGAGACAUCCCGCCUGCACCUAGCCGAGCUCAGUCAGCCUGUGUGCACCGCUCUUCAGGUGGCGCUCGUUGACCUCUUGCAAUACUGGGAUGUGCGCCCCUCUGCGGUGGUUGGACAUUCUAGUGGUGAGAUCGCGGCGGCAUAUUGCAUCGGAGCCAUCUCAAAAGAGACAGCAAUCCGGAUAGCUUGGCUACGAGGGAAAUACGCUACGUCCGUUGCAGAGGCGAGGAAUAUCGAUGGCACCAUGAUGGCGGUCAACGCUGAUGGAGAGUCGAUUCGUUCCGAGCUCACGGGCCUCAACGGGACAGCCGUAGUAUCGUGCCUCAAUAGUCCCAACGCCUGCACUGUCUCCGGAGAUGUGAAAACACUGCAGGAACUGGAAGAGAUUCUGAAGGUGAAGGGGAUUGUGGCCAAGAGGCUGGAGGUGCAGGUCGCCUACCAUUCCCCCCACAUGAAUCUCAUCCGGCAAGAGUACGAGGCCGCGUUGAGGGACGGAUGGAUAACUCAGAGCGGCGCCGAAGAACCAAGCAUAGAAAUGUUCUCGUCCGUAACAGGCUGCCUGAUCACGCGUGCAGAACUGGAUCCAUCAUACUGGGGAGAGAAUCUCGUGUCGCCGGUGAACUUCGUUGGAGCCGUUGGGUCGCUGCUCAACCAUUCUACAGACUCAAAGAGGCAACAUGAUCGCGCGGCAUUUGCCAGCAUCUUCAUUGAGGUUGGCCCACACUCUGCGCUGAGAUCGUACCUCCUGGAUAUCUUCAAGGCCCAGGACAAGUUUGUCAAUCUCUCCUACGUCACCGUCCUCCGCCGCAACUACCCAGGCACUCGCACCAUCCUGGACGCCAUGGGCCAGCUCCACGUCAAGGGACUCCCUUUCAACCUGAAUAAGGUGAAUGGUGUCAGUCCCAAGGCACAGAUGCUGGUAGAUCUUCCCCCGUACCCAUUCAACCACUCUCUCACGUUCUGGGAGGAGUCCUACCUCAGCCGCGAUUACCGUCUGCGUGAACAAGCUCGGAAGGACUUGCUGGGUUAUCGCAACCCAGGAACCUCGGAACCAACUUGGAGAAAUUUUCUGCGCUGUUCAGAGAAUCCGUGGAUCCGCGAGCACCAGGUUCAAGGCAAUAUCCUCUAUCCUGGGGCUGGAAUGCUUGUCAUGGCCAUCGAGGCAGCUCACGAGCUCGCCGACCCCAACGACAAGAUUGUUGGGUAUGAGCUGCGCGAUGUUUCCAUUGUAGCCGCGCUUCGUGUUCCGGACGAUGACAAAGGCGUUGAAACCAUGGUGCAGUUUCAUCCUCGCCGGACAGGGACCAAGGCGGAGCCAUCGUCGACCCUGAACGAAUUUACAGUCUCAACUCCUUCCGAGGACGGAAAGACAUGGACGACCCACUGCAGAGGAUUGAUUUCUGUGACAUACCGUUCUCAAUUGAGUCCCGCUAUGAGGCAGGAGCUGGAGCUGGAGGACAAACGAUACCGCACAUCCUUCCAGGCAGCGAAGAAGCAAUGCUCCCGACCCGCAAGAAGCUUCCUUUACGACAACGUCGAGACAAUCGGCAUGAAUUAUGGCAAGAUUUUUCGCAAUAUCACCGACCUGUAUGCAGGUGAUCAGGCCAGCUACGGAGUAAUCACAAUCCCCGACACCAAGGCCAGCAUGCCGCAGAACUUUGAGUACCCCUGCGUCAUUCACCCCGUCACGUUGGACUCCAUCCUACACCUACUAUUCCCCUCCAUCGCGGGCUCAGAACAGUCUCUCCAGGAAGCGGUGGUGCCGUUCUCGUUCGACCGGAUCUUCAUUAACGCUGAUAUUCCAUCUGCACCUGGAACAGAACUCUACGGGUACACCGCUGCCCAGAAGACGAGCUACACGACCUGGAUGAGCACUAUCGCUGUGUCAACGGAGGAAUGGUCCACACCACUGAUUCUGAUUGAAGGCCUGGGCCUGGCGUCUCUAGGCGCAAGUGAAACUGCUCAAGAUCCUUGGAAAACCAGGGCAGGUUGUUUUGACAUGAUCUGGCACGAGGACCCGGAGUUCCUGACUCCUACACAUGUCAAGGAGUUGAUCUACAAACGAACCACUCCUAACAACGACGACGAUUCUGUUUUGGACAAGUUAGAGUUUGUCUGUCUCGUUUACAUUCACCACAUCCUGGACUGGAUAUCAUCCAGCAAUUCCCCCCAUUGCCCACCCCCUGCCGCCAGUCUAAACGCAGCAAUCCAGGAGGCGCGAGAUAGCUGCAUUCUGUCCAAGUCGGGGGAUAUCACAGUGCAGAUGGUGGACCGCAUCGGACAGAAUUUGGAAAGGAUCUUCAUGCAAGAGAUUGAGCCGUUGCAGGUGAUGCUCGAAGGCGACCUCCUUUACGAUUUUUACCGUGGUGCUUUCGGAGCGAGCUUUAACACCAACGUCGCCGAGUACGUCGGUCUGAUCGCGGACAAAUCCCCCGGUCUUCGAAUCCUAGAAAUCGGUGCCGGAACUGGUGGUACCACCUACCAUGUCCUCGAAAGACUGCGAAAUCCCGAUGGGACAAGCAAGGCGCGAAACUAUACCUUCACCGACAUUAGUCCUGGUUUCCUGGCCAAAGCCGCGGAACGGUUCUCCGAGGACGCAGCAAUCCUAGAAUUUUCGGCGCUGAAUAUUGAAGAGGAUCCCCUGGCGCAUGGGUUCCAGACCGAGUCGUUUGACCUGAUCGUGUGUGCAAAUGUCCUGCACGCCACGCGGUCGAUACAGGAGACUUUGGCCCACUGCCGCUGGCUCCUAAAGCCGGAAGGGAAGCUCGUACUAUCAGAGGUCACGAUCAAGCGGAUUUUCUCAGGAUUCAUCAUGGGACCGUUGCCGGGGUGGUGGCUCGGGGAGGACGAUGGCCGCAAGGGGGGUCCUCUUCUCAAUGCCGAGGAGUGGGAUCUGGCCUUGAAACAGGCGGGUUUCUCCGGCGUUGAUCUGGAUGUUCGAGGAGACUGUGACACCUCUUUAGAACCAGUUUCUUUGCUCGCCUCAACAAAGACAUCUGGCCGGCCUAACCCAUCGCAGGCAUUUGCGAUUAUCAAACCAGCUGGGGAUCCAUCGAACAAGCUCGCAGCACAUAUUGAGACCGCUUUCCAGUACCUCAAAUUGGAGGUUUCCGUUUUCGACUGGACUUCGGUGACUGAGUCUGAUAUCAAAGGCAAAUACUGUGUAUGCCUGUCCGAGUGGGCAGAGCCUCUGUUAGCAAUGAUCAGCGACGAAGACUGGAACAAGUUCCGUACGUUAGUCUCGACUGCCAGUGGCGCACUGUGGGUGACAGGUGGAGCGGCAAUGGAGUGUUCUAACCCACAUGGUGGUUUGAUGGUUGGGUUGUCCCGAGCAAUACGCAACGAGAACUCAAACUGCUUGCUCGCAACCUUGGAUAUCGACCCACAGGACUCUACGGUUGAUCUCGCAAAUUCCGCCUUGGCGAUUCGCAAUGUCGCCGUCCGCCAUAGUUACGGUGAUUUGGUUGACCAUGAGUUUGCUGCACGUGGACAGACCGUCUACAUCCCUCGUGUGGAAAGGGCGCCUCAACUGGACUCUCGCGUACGGCUGUACCAGUCCAAGGGUGAGCCCGAAGAGGUCAACUUUGUCGCAUGCCAGCGCCCGUUGAAGCUUACCAUCAAAAGCCCCGGUCUUCUGGAUUCAUUCUUGUUCGAGGAAGACAUGGAGUAUUAUGAGGCUCUACCCGAGGACUGGGUGGAGAUCCAAGUGAAGGCCGUGGGACUGAAUUUCAAAGAUGUGCUGGUCGCUUUGGGCAACCUGAACGAGAACAAGCUUGGCGUCGAUGUCAGCGGAGUGGUGACGCGCGUGGGAUCCGCCGUGUCCAACAUCAGCGUUGGCGAUCGUGUCAUGACAUCUUCGUGCAACACGUUUGCGACAUUCGUCCGGUUCCCAAUGCAGGGUGUCAUUCCUAUCCCAGACGAUAUGAGCUUCGAAGAUGCCGCUUCUAUGCCACUGAUCUUCCUGACGGCUUACUAUGCCCUAGUUACCGUCGGUAGACUGCAGCCAGGCGAGACGGUCUUGAUCCAUGCUGCUGCUGGUGGUGUCGGACAAGCCGCAAUUGCCGUCGCCCAGCACAUCGGAGCUGAAAUCUACGCUACAGUUGGCUCCCCAGAGAAAAGACAGCUCCUCAUCGACCAGUAUGGUAUUCCAGAUGACAACAUCUUCAGCAGUCGUGAUACGAGCUUUGCAAAAGGAGUUAUGAGAGCGACAAAUGGAUCGGGUGUUGAUGUCGUGCUGAAUUCUUUAGCCGGCGAGGCACUUCGCCUCUCCUGGAACUGUCUUGCCAAGUUCGGGCGUUUCUUGGAAAUUGGAAAAGCGGAUCUCUUUGCAAACACAGGGCUAGACAUGUUGCCUUUCCUCGAGAACAAGAGCUACUGUGGUGUGAACCUGAUCGACUUCGAGAACAAUCCAACACCUCGUGCCGUCGCGCUCUUCCAGAGUGUCGCAGAGCUGAUCAAGGAUCGUGUCAUCAAGCCGGUGAAGCCGGUUCAAGUCUUUUCAUUCUCUGAAAUUGAAAAAGCCUUCCGUUACAUGCAAACCGGCAAACAUAUGGGCAAAAUCGUGGUGCGUGUCGAUGAAAAUGACCUCGUCCCUGCCAUCCCGCUCGUACCAGAAGCACGGAUCACCCCUGAAGCCACAUAUAUCCUCGCCGGCGGUCUCGGCGGUAUCUGCCGGGAGAUCAGUCGCUGGUUAGCGGAGAAGGGUGCGAAGCAUCUCGUUUUUCUUUCCAGGUCUGCAGCGACGGGUGACGCAAAUAUUGCAUUUAUGAAGAAUCUUCGUGAGACGUAUGGAGUGAACGCGAUUGCGUUUGAUUGCGAUGUAGCAGAUCGGGCUUCCCUGGAGCGUGCUCUUGACGGGUGUAAGGAGCAAGGUCUCCCACCAGUGCGUGGUUGUGUGACAGGAGCAAUGGUGCUCAGGGAUACCCUAUUUGACGGCAUGACCAUCGACCACCUCCGCACGACCGUUGGACCCAAAGUACACGGAACGUGGAAUUUGCACGACAUGCUUCCCAAGGACCUGGAUUUCUUCGUCAUGCUAAGUUCAUUGGCUGGUGUUAUGGGUCAUCGCGGUCAAGGCAACUACGGCGCGGGUAAUAUUUUCCAAGACUACUUCGCCAGUUUCCGGCGCAGCCAGGGCUUGCGUGCGAUGACGAUCGAUAUUGGGUACCUCCUCAGUGUUGGGUUUGUCGCGGAACAUGACGAAUACGUGGAUCAUGUCAAGAGUAUGGGUCUGAAAGUAAUGCAAAACAGCGACCUCCAUGCCCUCAUGUCCAUCGCCAUGGAGGACACCCCUGCGCAUCCCGCACAAGUGAUGUGCGGACUUCCAACGAACGAGUAUUCUGAGGCAUGGUACUGGAUCCAAGACGGGAAAUUUGCCUCGCUACUGAAUACUGCCCAGGGCGGCAAUACCGCAAUGGGUUCCUCGAUCUCGUUGGGCGUAGAACUCGCCCGUAUGACAGAUAUGACAGCCGCCGUGGAUCUUAUUCAUAAGAGUUUGGUGGAGAAGCUGGCGAAGCUUAUGAUGGUACCGAUGGUGGACAUUGACCCCGGAAAACCACUGAGUGCGUACGGUGUUGACAGUCUUGUUGCCGUAGAGGUGAGGAAUUGGAUCGCCAAGGAGAUUCAGGUAGAGUUGAGCGUGUUUGAUAUUAUGGCUCUUGUGCCAAUGAGGCAGCUCGCUGCGGAUCUAGCGGCGAAGAGCAAGCUGCUAUCACGGGAGGGGAUCAUGUAG